AUCACGUUCAAUUUCUAGAAAUUCCCUGCUAUCGCUAGCUUCUAGGACAAACGUUGCUGGCCUCCUAGUUUCCAUACGUCGGCUCCCUGUGGUCUUCCCCGCGUCCGGUCUCAUCCUUAUCCCCAUCGCCCUUAUCCCCUGGUCUGUGCCGCUCGUACUUGGAGAAAAAUCUCCAGCCGCCUUACCUGCUGCCGCCGCUUCCCAUCCGACAGAUUAUUUGUUUGCAGCCACUGAUCUUCUCCCUCGCUCAGCCGAGUGGUCUUCCACUCCUCCCAGCUGAGCUCUCCCUCUCCACGCAGCUCCCUCGCGGUGCUCCCUCCAUAGCGCCUGAGCGCUCUGUCCUCGGAUCGGAGCUUCUCUGCGUGUCGCAGCCAAGCUUCCUUCCCCAUGGCGCCCGGCGCCCAAGUCCCCAGCCGUGACCCUGCCGAGCUCCGCCCCGACUCCACGUCUCCUGGUCGGGCUCUCGUUCUAUGCCUGAUGCCGCUGUUCCCUGGUGCUCCCUGCUCGGUCCCUGCCCAGCGCCUGACUACAGCUCCAGCUCGCGGCGUCCCCUCUGCUUAGCCAGGAUUGUCGUGCCUCUGCUCCCUGGUUUUCCCUACGCGCGAGCUCGCUGGUGUUGCCCCUGCUCCGCUUGGCCGCGUCCCCCUCAGUCCACCACUCUGCUCGGCCAUGGAAGACACGCCGCACCCUGGUUCCAGCUCGCGAUACUCCCUGCACGCCGGAGUCGCCCAGCUCGGCCACCUACCUCCCUAUGCGCGACCUCCUCUAGCUCCCUGUUUCUCCAGAGUGUCUUCCUCUGUUGGCUCGCCGGCUUCCUGCUCCCUGCUCACCCAGCGCACGCUUCUCCUUGUGUGCUGUGCCUGCGUGCUGCUCGCCCUAGCUCCCAGCCAUGGCGUCGGCCAAAGCUCCUGCGCGUUAUGUGCCCAGCUCCCUUUUCCGCGUAUGCGCGCUUAGCUCGCUUUCCUGCGCACCCAGCGUUCUGCUCCCGCUCGUCCCUGCGCGCCAAGCUCCUUGCGCGGUCCUUCCUUGAGCUCGGUCCUGCGCUUUUCCUUUCUCUGUGCUCGUGCUCGCCGUGCCGUGAGUCACUGGCCAGCAGUCCAGCUCGCUUCAGAAUCAAUCUCGUCGUCGUUCCGCGCGUCAGCAAGAAAUCUCAAGAGUUGGGUGAAGUCGGAGGCUAACAGCAUGGUAUUCACCAUGUGCGCGACAGGAAGCUCGAGCCAGGAUUUAUCCGCAUUCGUACGAGUAUUGGGUCGCGUUUGAUACUGGUACGUUAAUUAAUCGCGCGAUGCAGAAGACGACCCAAGUCGACCCCAAGCACGGGCUACUCCACAGGAUGAUGCUGAUGGACAAACCUAAAGAUGAUCGUCAAGCGGACGUCGUCUAACCAACACUAACAUAGUGUUUAUUCCAGGCAAGCCCCGGUGCAUGCAACCCCUUUCCUUGUGUUUUUAAAUACUUUUCGCACACUUAAGUCUAGUGAAAUGUGCAUUAGGUUCAUAGGAAUUGCUUGAAACCCUUUGAUGCAUUGCUUUCCUUGAUAUCCAUACCUUUAUAGAUACUUCUGUGAAGUAUCAAAAUAUGAUUUACAAAAAUGCUUAGCCUUGCUUAGAUCUCGUGGAUAGAGGUUGUCCUUAAUUUAACUCGAGAAAGGAUGGCUUCUACCUGCAAGAAUAUUUUCAUUUGGAGCAAUAGUGGGAUCUUACUGCAAAGUUCCCUGUGAUGCUCUUUCAUCCUAAGGAACAGACACAAUCCUAAGGAUGGAAAUACUUAAAUCGAGACUUGGGCUAGGAACAGAUGAUGCUCCGCCCGGGUCAAUUAAGGAUUGGAUGCGUAUGUAGGCCUGUUGAUCAAGGACUAUCUUAUCUAGCCACAUGCCCUGAGAAUGGGACAGGGUAAGCUUGAACCCGGCUAUUCCAUACAUGAAAAGACAAUCGCGCACUGGGCGUGGAGAGAUGGCGAGAGUGGCACGUACCCUCCUGGCAACGGAUCGCCUAAAAGGGGUGGUGUACUCUCGGGUGGCGCGGACCUGUUCAUGUAGUGGAGGAUCCGUGGGAAUAGUAGACAUCAAGGUUUACGAGUAACAUAUGUCGUGUGGUUAGAAAUCCUCAGCUGAGUAAAUCGAUUCGGAACGCCGUUAUAUCCCCGGACAGUGGAGACUUGAGCUCCGACCUACAACCUAAGUCAAGAUGUGAACACUAUGGAUAAAAAUGAUGUUGUAUUGAUGAGAUGACGAAAUUAGACUAGAUGCAAACAGAGUCUAUUAAAUAUUUAAUCUGGCGUUAAAAUAUUGAAAGUAAGGACUCACUUUAGUAAGCUAUUUCUGCAAAAGUAUCUAAGUUGAUUCUUGCUAAAGCCUCUCCUUGAUUCCCAAAUCCAGCAUAUCCUUGAGAGUCUUUUCUUUAGUCGGGUAAGUCUUGCUGAGUAAUUCCAUACUCAGGGUUUUAUUCCCUGUUGUUUUUCAGGUUAUAGUUUUGUGCUGCUGUUGAUGGUGUUAAGUGCCGGUGGGCUCGGCCUUCUUAUAUAAGUAUACCCCGCCUUUAUCUUCUUAUUGAGGAUGGUCACUUGAGCUAGCAUAUAUUUCAAAACUAUAAAUAAUUUAUAACCGUUCAAAGUUUCUUUCUUUGAAUCAAUGUAGUAAUCACUCUGAUCAUGUACGAAGUAAAAUUUUUGUAAUUUGUAAAAUUUGGUAAUAAGAUUUCCGCUGCAAAAUAUUGGUGUGUGUGAUUUGUAUUACUUAAUCCCGCGGUUCUGGUUGUAAGUGGUUUAUCCGGUGUCCGUGGGGCAAUCGGACGGAUCCUGUUAAGUUAUCUGGUGCACAUGCAUGGCCGUCUGAGUUCUUUAAGACAAGGACAGGUGCAUGUGGGCCCGAUACCUUGGGAGGUUCUGCCACAGCUGGUAUCGGAGCAGGAUUAAGUAUAUACGGUCACAUACGUAUUUUCAAAACAAAAGUUUUGGUUUUGAAAAACUUAUUUUCAACUAAACACAUUGUUUGGCUUUGAAAAACAGUUUUGAAAAAUUAUAAUGCUAGCGACAUCCUCUGUUAAGCCCUAAAUUAAGGACUAUUAGGUGGCUUAUUUAAAAACCACUAACCCACAACCGGGGGUAUUGCAUACAUGUGUAUUGUUAUUUUUAAGGCCAUUCAGUUUUGAAUGGAUCGACGCUCAAGGUAAGGUGAGAUGUGAGAGCAUGACCGAACAACCGUCGGUCUAGGGAAGUGCUUAAUUGUAGCGCUUGAUUAUAUACAUGUUCCACAUAUGUAUAUAUGAAGGCUGCGAUGUGGCGUAUUUACUUUUUCGGGAAUUCAGUACCCCAUGGAUGUGUAUGGGUAUACAGACAUGGGAAUACUGAGAAGUGUAAUGUACUUGUAACGACGCACCUACGCUCAGGUAAGAAGGUGAGUUACCAUAAUGAGUUGCCCUAUGGUUAAAGUGUGGCAACGGCGCCUAUGCGUGGCUCGGCGCUUAAUGAUGAGCUGGCCUCCAUAUAGCAAUAUAUGGAGUAUAAAUUGUGAUAAACUGUCAUGUGUGAACUGCAUCAUGGGAAAUUGGGCUGUGAUGAAACUUUUCUGCAGGUACACUAACCUCGAAAACGUAUGUGUAGCUGACGACUAGCAAAAUACCGAGAGAGAACGUAUGCCACCGGUAUAGAACGUUAUUGCCACAGUGUGUUGGCAAAAAAUUAGUGAGGACGCAUAGGACGAGCAUGCAUCCUAAUUGUUGCAUCAUGUUUGUCACCUAUACAUCCAAAAUGCUUCUCUCAUCUUUAUUCCAGUAACCAUUGAUUGUAGAAAAUAUGGUGUAAUGCUGAAUUAUGAACUUCGAUGAAAUAGGUGUCCUCCAUUCUUUAGGUGACCUCUUAGGGUGCCUUAUGUGUUUGCUUUGGUGCUUGAUGUACUGAUAGGAGGAUAGUGACUUGUUUGCCUAAAUCUAAAAUUAGGCCAUGUUCUUAGUUGGUGAACCGAGACCCAAAUUUGAAUUUACCAUUAUCACCCCAUGACCAAACACAUACAAAUGAAUGCUUAGAUAAUUUCUUUGCUAGACCUAAAGUGUACCCGGACUUAAAAAAAUCUCAAGUCAUGUCUCCUUCUAGAGCCAUUCCCUUAUUCAGUUGAUGCAGGUUGAGGUCUCUAUUGUGUUUGGCCUCUCCUUGCGGAUUAUCUUAUCCCUUGUCAACCUGACCUAGGAAAGACAUGUCCGACCAUUUUCUUGAAUUUGAUGCCUUUGAUUUCCUCAUGUCUAUCGAAGGCAUAUCAACUUAAUCCUUGACCUUGUGAUCUCUGCGUUGGGCAUAGAAAUAUGCUUGGGGCUAAAUUAUCAGUCUCCCAUCGUACUCCCUUCAUUAACAAAUUCAGGUUAUGGCCAUGCCCUGUUCAUUUCAUCGGGCCAUGAUCUAUUUGGCUCUCUACUUGUAACCAUUCUUACAGGUGGAGUAUCUCUUCGUAUAUUGUCACCCUUGCUCAAUCUAUUGAUGUGGUGCGAGAUUUCUUAUUGGUUACGUAUGGUAAUGGUGUUAUGACUAAAACCAAUGGUGCUGUGACGAGACCGAGGGCCUCCUGUGAAUGUGCACACAUGGUUGUGCUACUCGGCACGCGCUGGUAUCACAGUUAAUAGUUGUAAUCCAUUAUGAGACUAUAUCAAUGUGUUAUCUUGGCACAAUCUAUUUUUGCUACGUGAGAUUCUCUAUUGGUGCCAGUUCUGUAAUGGUGUGAUGGUUAGUGACUUGUGGUGCCGCAGCGAAACUGAGAGCCUCCUGUGAAUGCGCACACAGGACUGUGCCACUCGUCGGAUGCUGGUAUCAAGGUCUCUGGUCAUGAUCCAUUGUGGAACUACCCUGAUGGUUAUCUUACGUGGACCUUCCCUUGAAUAAUUUCUAUGUUGUUUGUCAAGUGAUCAAGCAACAUCUAUCAUCUCCGUUGAAUAAAAUGGGCAUACCACUUUCCAUGCGUAGUAUCUUUUUCCUUGACUUUGGUAGUGACUACACGUAUACAAGUUCCCUUUACGUCCUUUGUGUAAAGGUGAAGUCUUGGAGCUUUUUAGUGUUGAGAGAUAACUAAUUAGCUCUCAAAUUGGAGAUUGACUUUCCCCUGCCGCUGAGAUGCAGGAGUUUGUUCAUUCGCUCUCCUAUCUAAUCCAUGUAUUCCCUAAUCAAGUGGAUAAUUCAUCUCGCAUGAAGAAACGGAUGAGCAACCUGACCAAAUGGACUUCUACCCAAAUGCAUGACCUUCGUGAGUAAAUGUGAACUCUCGACCGUUGGCUUACCGAUGGUACUGAGAGGACCUGCUCAAUGUCAAAAGUAGUUCAACAAGUUGGUUUUACUAACUUGUAACUGCCCAGUGAACAAAGGUCGAGUUUAGAGAUCGUUUUAUCGAUUUGCCUGAACUCACUUUGGUCUAACCCACUCUAAAGAAAGUACUCCCAAAAAAAAUUAAGAUUAAGUCGACUAGUAACCACCUAGCCAUCGCUCUAGUCGUGUCUCGAUCACCUCACGUGUGCUUUUCCAGCAUAUGUGACCAUGUCGAGCCAUGAUUAGUCCAGGAUAAAAUGGACUGAUCGUAAAGUCCAGACCCAUCAGCUGGUGAUUCUCUAGAAUCUAUACCAUCUUUCAUGGACUUGAAUUCUCUGGUUAGCCGCAUGUUAACCGUGACAGUAUUCAACAUCCACACUCGCCUUUGUUUGGAAAUAUCUCACGAUUACCGCUGAUAUGGACAUGUGUUACAUGCUUCUCUACUCUUAGAUGUCUUUCGUUCCGAAUCUCGGGACGAGAUUCUUUUAAGGGGGGAGGGCUGUAACACCCCUGGUGUUUAUAUUCCGCUCGACAACGAGUAUGAAUUUAAGCACGUAAUCAGUGGAUAAAACGGAUGCCAAAAUUUUCUUCACCUAUCGCGAUUUUAAUAUCGCAUCUGUUCCGUUUGUCGCGAGUUCAACAUCGUUUUUAUUUAUUCGGACUCUUCCAAAAUUUUCGUGAUGUUCGGAACAUCGUUGUUCCGAAAAUCGGUGCGUCCGGUGAGUAUUUAAAAUUCAUCGCUCGCGCGAAUACGAAUUCGAAAGCCCGACCCACUCGGAUGAUUUUUAUCCCGGGCAAAUUAAAUUAAACUCGGCGACAAAAGUGUUAGUACAAAAUUUAUAAGAAGUCGACGACUAAAAUUUUAGGUGUAAAAUAAUUUAGUCAUUGCUCGCUAACCGAGCUUACAUCACAUCCGAGAGUUUUUAAUUGAGAUUUGAUUCUCCAAUAAAUCAUCUAUGACAGAGCGAUCAAGUGUUCGAUUGGUAGGUGAAGUUAUCUGAUUUUAAGUCAAAUUAAAUAUAGUUUAAAAUAUUAGUCUCGAUCUCGUUUGAGUUCAUUCUGUUUGUAUCUUAUCCAAAAUACGAUUAUCUCUAGAAAAUCCUCCCCCAUCACACGUCAUCAGCCCAUACAGCUGUCGUUCCUUAUCUGCUCAGCCGUAGUGAUCAAAAAUCUACACUCAUGUACUUAUCCUCUCCACCAUCCCUAUCUCUAUUAUCCUCCCACGUCAUCUCCUGGAGAAUUCCCUAGCCAUCUCUAUCUUCUAACUCCACGCCACCUCCUUUCUCAAGCAUCACGUUCAAUUUCUAGAAAUUCCCUGCUAUCGCUAGCUUCUAGGACAAACGUUGCUGGCCUCCUAGUUUCCAUACGUCGGCUCCCUGUGGUCUUCCCCGCGUCCGGUCUCAUCCUUAUCCCCAUCGCCCUUAUCCCCUGGUCUGUGCCGCUCGUACUUGGAGAAAAAUCUCCAGCCGCCUUACCUGCUGCCGCCGCUUCCCAUCCGACAGAUUAUUUGUUUGCAGCCACUGAUCUUCUCCCUCGCUCAGCCGAGUGGUCUUCCACUCCUCCCAGCCGAGCUCUCCCUCUCCACGCAGCUCCCUCGCGGUGCUCCCUCCAUAGCGCCUGAGCGCUCUGUCCUCGGAUCGGAGCUUCUCUGCGUGUCGCAGCCAAGCUUCCUUCCCCAUGGCGCCCGGCGCCCAAGUCCCCAGCCGUGACCCUGCCGAGCUCCGCCCCGACUCCACGUCUCCUGGUCGGGCUCUCGUUCUAUGCCUGAUGCCGCUGUUCCCUGGUGCUCCCUGCUCGGUCCCUGCCCAGCGCCUGACUACAGCUCCAGCUCGCGGCGUCCCCUCUGCUUAGCCAGGAUUGUCGUGCCUCUGCUCCCUGGUUUUCCCUACGCGCGAGCUCGCUGGUGUUGCCCCUGCUCCGCUUGGCCGCGUCCCCCUCAGUCCACCACUCUGCUCGGCCAUGGAAGACACGCCGCACCCUGGUUCCAGCUCGCGAUACUCCCUGCACGCCGGAGUCGCCCAGCUCGGCCACCUACCUCCCUAUGCGCGACCUCCUCUAGCUCCCUGUUUCUCCAGAGUGUCUUCCUCUGUUGGCUCGCCGGCUUCCUGCUCCCUGCUCACCCAGCGCACGCUUCUCCUUGUGUGCUGUGCCUGCGUGCUGCUCGCCCUAGCUCCCAGCCAUGGCGUCGGCCAAAGCUCCUGCGCGUUAUGUGCCCAGCUCCCUUUUCCGCGUAUGCGCGCUUAGCUCGCUUUCCUGCGCGCCCAGCGUUCUGCUCCCGCUCGUCCCUGCGCGCCAAGCUCCUUGCGCGGUCCUUCCUUGAGCUCGGUCCUGAGCUUUUCCUUUCUCUGUGCUCGUGCUCGCCGUGCCGUGAGUCACUGGCCAGCAGUCCAGCUCCCUUCAGAAUCAAUCUCGUCGUCGUUCCGCGCGUCAGCAAGAAAUCUCAAGAGUUGGGUGAAGUCGGAGGCUAACAGCAUGGUAUUCACCAUGUGCGCGACAGGAAGCUCGAGCCAGGAUUUAUCCGCAUUCGUACGAGUAUUGGAUCGCGUUUGAUACUGGUACGUUAAUUAAUCGCGCGAUGCAGAAGACGACCCAAGUCGACCCCAAGCACGGGCUACUCCACAGGAUGAUGCUGAUGGACAAACCUGAAGAUGAUCGGCAAGCGGACGUCGUCUAACCAACACUAACAUAGUGUUUAUUCCAGGCAAGCCCCGGUGCAUGCAACCCCUUUCCUUGUGUUUUUAAAUACUUUUCGCACACUUAAGUCUAGUGAAAUGUGCAUUAGGUUCAUAGGAAUUGCUUGAAACCCUUUGAUGCAUUGCUUUCCUUGAUAUCCAUACCUUUAUAGAUACUUCUGUGAAGUAUCAAAAUAUGAUUUACAAAAAUGCUUAGCCUUGCUUAGAUCUCGUGGAUAGAGGUUGUCCUUAAUUUAACUCGAGAAAGGAUGGCUUCUACCUGCAAGAAUAUUUUCAUUUGGAGCAAUAGUGGGAUCUUACUGCAAAGUUCCCUGUGAUGCUCUUUCAUCCUAAGGAACAGACACAAUCCUAAGGAUGGAAAUACUUAAAUCGAGACUUGGGCUAGGAACAGAUGAUGCUCCGCCCGGGUCAAUUAAGGAUUGGAUGCGUAUGUAGGCCUGUUGAUCAAGGACUAUCUUAUCUAGCCACAUGCCCUGAGAAUGGGACAGGGUAAGCUUGAACCCGGCUAUUCCAUACAUGAAAAGACAAUCGCGCACUGGGCGUGGAGAGAUGGCGAGAGUGGCACGUACCCUCCUGGCAACGGAUCGCCUAAAAGGGGUGGUGUACUCUCGGGUGGCGCGGACCUGUUCAUGCAGUGGAGGAUCCGUGGGAAUAGUAGACAUCAAGGUUUACGAGUAACAUAUGUCGUGUGGUUAGAAAUCCUCAGCUGAGUAAAUCGAUUCGGAUCGCCGUUAUAUCCCCGGACAGUGGAGACUUGAGCUCCGACCUACAACCUAAGUCAAGAUGUGAACACUAUGGAUAAAAAUGAUGUUGUAUUGAUGAGAUGACGAAAUUAGACUAGAUGCAAACAGAGUCUAUUAAAUAUUUAAUCUGGCGUUAAAAUAUUGAAAGUAAGGACUCACUUUAGUAAGCUAUUUCUGCAAAAGUAUCUAAGUUGAUUCUUGCUAAAGCCUCUCCUUGAUUCCCAAAUCCAGCAUAUCCUUGAGAGUCUUUUCUUUAGUCGGGUAAGUCUUGCUGAGUAAUUCCAUACUCAGGGUUUUAUUCCCUGUUGUUUUUCAGGUUAUAGUUUUGUGCUGCUGUUGAUGGUGUUAAGUGCCGGUGGGCUCGGCCUUCUUAUAUAAGUAUACCCCGCCUUUAUCUUCUUAUUGAGGAUGGUCACUUGAGCUAGCAUAUAUUUCAAAACUAUAAAUAAUUUAUAACCGUUCAAAGUUUCUUUCUUUGAAUCAAUGUAGUAAUCACUCUGAUCAUGUACGAAGUAAAAUUUUUGUAAUUUGUAAAAUUUGGUAAUAAGAUUUCCGCUGCAAAAUAUUGGUGUGUGUGAUUUGUAUUACUUAAUCCCGCGGUUCUGGUUGUAAGUGGUUUAUCCGGUGUCUGUGGGGCAAUCGGACGGAUCCUGUUAAGUUAUCUGGUGCACAUGCAUGGCCGUCUGAGUUCUUUAAGACAAGGACAGGUGCAUGUGGGCCCGAUACCUUGGGAGGUUCUACCACAGCCCUUGCGAUCCGACUACGACGAGAAAGCCCGAGGCGCCAAUGCAAUCGCUGAACCAACUCCCUGUGGUUACCGACCUUGCUGAUGUGAGAUCGGCCUGAUCACGAAGAUCGUUUCCUGUGCGCAAUCGAAGAACGAACAAGAAAAAGAUGCAAGCAAUCUAAUCUAUUACUCGAGGGUGGAGUUCUGAAUACACAAAGACAGCGCUUAUUUGCGCGUGUUCUAGAGUAGCUAAAGCUAACGUAAAACAAAACUCAAAGAACAAAGGAGGCGCAGCUCCUGGAUAAAUAGAGAGAGGGGGUGCAGCCCCUAGUGGCGGCCAACCCUAGGUCGUCCACUAUGGGUCGUAGUUGGGCUGGUCAUCUAUUCUUCUGGGCCCUCAUUCUUCAGUAGCAUGACGAAGUUAAGAUCUCUGGCACAGGCCCGAGUGACUAGCCCGGCUAAUGAAGGAAGUGGCGCUUGAUGUGGAGGUGCUGCUGGUGUAGUCGUACUCAUGUUGCAGGUGAUGUCCUCAUCAAUAACCUUGGGAAAGCCAAGCCCCAAUCCACUUUUAUUUUCUUAAUUCUUUUUCUUUUUCGCUUACGCUUACCCUUACACAGAUGACUUCUCACGAGUCCUCGGAAGGAGGGAACGCACAUUCCCACACGGACGGACUUGCGCAAGAGGGUUUUCCCUGCAUUUUGUGGGAGGUGCUGCAGGGAGCCGGUUAUCUGGUGCAGUUGUUCGAGGAGCACCGGGUACCCCGCUGUAGGGUGAGGAUGACCUUGGAGCCUCAUCCCUUGCAGCUGGGCUGGCGUUCGUUGGACUCCGAGUCUUUCGGAUACCGGGCUGAAGACACUAUUGAGGCCAUUGCUCUCCUCGGGCUAACGACCUUUUAUGGCUUUCACCCCUUGGAGCUGUCCACUCAUCCCAUUGGCUUGUUCCCCGCUGAAAAGGAGGACAAGCCAAUGUGGAAGGAUCGAGUGGUGCAUGCCAAGGAUGUGUGGGCUCUUUACCCAGAGCAGACUGCUCACCUGACGGUGCGAUGCAUGAAUGCCAUGUACCGUCUGCAAGCAGUGCGAGGUGAGGCAAUGUCCUAGCUGAUGAGCUUGGUGGAGGCUACCAAGAUCACCCUGGAUAACAGGGAGGACCUUAUGGUAGACCUAUCCACUGAGCUGGUGGAGAAGGACCUCCUGGUGGAGCAGAUGGCCACCCAGAUCCAAGAGCUUGAGUAGCUAGUAGGAGCCAGGGAGAACACCAUCGAGGUUCUCGAGGAUCAACUUCUGAACACUCAGCAGCAACUUGAGGAAGCCAACCAGCACCUGGAUAUGCACCAUCAGGAGAUCCAGGACAUGGAGGCCGAAGGGGCCGACGAGGAUGUUGACAUCGAGGGAGGAGAGGAGCCGGAGCCUGUAUCCAGCUUGGACACUGCUGGCUCAGGAAGACCACCUUCCCCCAAGUCCAGUGUUGCCUUGUUUGUCCAUUAGGUUUCAGAAAUUUGGAUAGAAGUGUGCAGCAGUAGAACUCCUCAAAGCUAGCUUAGCUUUUGCACCUUUGGGGUACUAGGCUAGGAAGAGUUGAGUCUUUUAAGCACUGUUGUAACCGUUAGAAAACUCUUUUGGAUUUAUGAAUGAUGGAUGAUGUCGAUUUUAAGUUAUGAAGGAAAUUUAUGUUAUGUAGUGUCUUUUAUGAAAAAUGCAAGGAAAUGUUUGGCUUUUUACAAACCUUGUCCUUUCAAAUCUUUUACUAUGUGCGAGCCUUGAUUUCAGAAGUAUGAUAUUAAGAACGUCCAAAAUUUUCAGAUGGCAGGAAGAGCGCGCCGUGGACAGAAUGAGUGCAUUCCUCCACCACCACCGCCGCCUCCUACCAUGCAAGAACUGAUGGCUCAGCAGAAUGAGAUUCUGCGACAGUUGGCUCAACGUCAGCCACCACCUCAGCACUAUGGUGGUGGUGAUCACCAUCAGCGUCCCCCAGCAGCGGCCACUUAUCAGGAGUUCCUCAGCACUCAGCCGCCUUUGUUCACUCGGGCAGAGGAUCCACUUGAUGCUGAUGUGUGGCUUAGGGUAGUGGAAUCCAAAUUCCCACUGCUUACUGGAGUUUGUUCAGAUGUGGCUAAGGUCUGUUUCGCCACCCAGCAGCUUCGCGGACCCGCGCGAACAUGGUGGAUCCACUUUCUCGCUAUGCAGCCAGUUGAUCACGCAGUGGAAUGGGGAGAAUUCAAGGCAGCAUUCAGAGGACAUCACAUACCGGCAGGCAUCAUGGACCGCAAGCUCAAUGAGUUUCUGGCACUUACUCAGGGGAAUCGUACUGUGUUGCAUUACACUCAGGCCUUCAAUGACCUGUGUCAGUACGUAGGCUAUCUUGCUGACACAGAUGAGAAGAAGAGGGAUAGGUUCAGGAGGGCCUCAGUACUAAGCUCCGCGACUGUCUCAAUACAGUCAGGGCCAAUAGCUAUAAUGAGUUAGUCAACAUGGCCAUUUCUCAGGAAGACUGCAUCACAGCCUGCCAGGCAGAAAAGAACAGGAAGACCCCUAUGGAAGGACCUUCAGCUCAGCCUCAGCGUUUCAGGAUUGUGUCCGACACUCAGGGUAGGGGACCUCAGCAGUAAGGCCGGUGGGUGAUCCGACUACAACAGCAGCAGCAGGCACCCAACCGCUCUCAGCCCCCAGUUCAGAGGAACAACACCUAGCCACAACAGCAGCAGUAUCGUCAGACCAAUGACAACAGAUGUUUCACUUGUGGCAGCACUGGACACUACGCCAAGAAUUGCCCCAAGAACCAGCAGAGGCAGGGGCAGAAUUCCAAUCAGAACCAAGGCAAGAGGCAGAAAGUACAAGUGAGGCAAGGCAGACUGAACUUCACCACCCUAGCUAAUAGCAAUGUCUUUGGCUUCAUCACCAUCCGCUAAGAUUCAGAUCAUCCACCAAGCUUCGGAUCACUGCUCUUCGGCUUUGUCAUCCAGUACAUAACAAAGCGUUAUAAGGUAAAUUCAAGUUUCAAGGAAAAGGUAAGCAAAUGUAUGAGUUUAUUACCGGUUUGAGGUGACUUCGAGCUUCGUCACUAGCCAAUCUUCGUCCACCCUUUGCCCAAAUUUGAGUUAUGAAUCUGUUCCCAAUGCUUCGGGCCAGGCUAAGGAUGUCAUUCAAGUCCGCUGGUGAUAAGCUGAAGUUCGGCCUGUUUACAAUAUUCCCGUGCAUGCAACCAGCCUUCAUAAAAGCAACAGCUGUGCCACGAGAAGCUAGCAGAGCACAGAAAUCACCAUGCCCAGCUAUGACUUCAUCAAGAGCAUCAACUUCGCCUUUAAUAUGAUCGAAGAUGCCUGGCAGGUCUUCAGCUGAAGGUUUAAACUUUUCAGAACUGGCUCCAACAGAGUUGAAGACCUGCUUCAGUCGUUGCACGCAACAGUUGUCGAAGUUCAGACAUUUAUCUUGAAGUUCCUUCAAUGACUUUUGCAAGUUCAAACUCUUUCCAACUUCAGCUUCAAGCUUUGCAUCAAAAUCCUUCUUCUCUUGUUCGAAGCUUUUUGAUUUCAUGGAGAGUUCACUGUUUAAUCUAGCAAUCUUGGCUUGAGCUUCUGCCAGCGAACCCUCCAUUGUUUGAAUCACGGAAUCCUUCUUCUCCAGAGCAGCUUUGUGAUCUUUAAUUUUGCCCUCUAAGCCCUCAAUUAUAAUCUCAUUUUUCUUGUCCUCGAGAUCUUGUUGCAUCCUUAAGGUUUUACUUAGUAGUAGACUCUGGAAAAAAAACCUUCAUCUUGAAAACAACAAAAAGUUAAGGUAAGAACUUUACCUUAAAGUUAGAAUAAAACAAGCUACCGGCGAUAUGUUGCCGCCGGUAUCUGCUGAGGUCGGCCUCAAGCUUCGGAAAGCCAACACUCUUUGAUAGAGUGCUGACAACCUUCGCUCCAGUCCGGUCCCGGAGGCAUCCUAAGCUCUCUUCGUCAACGCCACCGAAGAGCAAUGCUCCUGGCUGGUAGCCGCAAGAUAUAGCAUAAUCUCUUAGUUCUUCUUUUUUAGCCUUGGAUAACUCCUGACAAUCAUGUUUCGAAAAUUGAAGUCCCCUUCCUCCGAAAUAUCUUCGGCAAUCUUCUUCUCUUUGUUAAACACCUUCUCCCCUUUUCUAGGCACCGUGGCCAGGGUUGCCUCGGCAGUUGCAACAGUUUCUUCCAUGGCCAUAUCCAAAAUCAUCUUAUCAAUAUCAGAAAAUACGCCCUCAAGAUUUGUGGCUUUGGCCGUCGCACCUUCGGUAGUUGUAGCUUCGGCGGGAGCAGCUUCGGCAGCUGGUGUUUUUUACGCUGAAGCCGACGGUGGCGUUUCUUCAAUAGCAUCAAUAACAGUAAUAAUCCUUCGCCUUUUUUCAGCAGGCUUCUUGAUUGCUGCAGGCUCCUCCUUCUUCUAUAAAAGCUUCAUCAGUUGUGGCCCUAGUGGACUUAGCUUGAGAGGUAAAGAUUUGGUCAUUACCUUUAAAAUUUCCUCCACGUCAGCAGCGGGAGGCGUUGAAGGAACUUCUUCCUCUAUAUCAGUUGUUCUUGGCUUCGCAGCCGCAACUUUUCUUUUCUUCGGAACAGCCACCUUCGGCUUAGGGCUGGAUUUUUUUCUUUUUUAAAGCUUUCUCAUCUUCUUCUAUCAUUCUAGCAACUUGCCUCUUCAUAACACUGACAGCUCUUUUUCGCUUUGGCCCUUCGGCACCCUUGCGUAACAGUUCAUAGUCAGGGUAUUCAAAUUUCAGGGCAUCCAUUACUCGGUUCAGCCUUCGUUUCGGUCGGGUGCCGAAGGCCGCGGUCAUCAAUUGAUCUUCUUUCUUAGUAUAGUUGCCCAGAAUUUCAUUGCACAUAGCUUCAAUCGUUUCCAACCAUUCUUGGCAAGGCUCUUUGAAAUGUUUCUUGAACUUGAAGUGAUAGGGCAGUCGAACAAGUUCAUUCUUUUUCUUUUCUCCUUUAAGCUUCGGCUUAUUCCAUUCCUUUAACGUCGGAAAUACUCUAUUAGCUAAGUAUUCCUACACCAAAUCUCUAUUACCGAUAUGCUCAGACACAACUCGGAAUUCGCCCACAGCUUCUCGGCAUGGUGACCCUUGCAACAUGUCGCACAGGGGCCUAGUUAACCCGAAGGUUAGGUCCAGUGGGCUCUGAACUAUCUUCUCAUUCUUCUCAUCAACCUUAACAUAAAACCACUCAUUCUUCCAACCGGUUGGCCAUUUGGUGCGAUAGCUGAUCACCGGAGUCUUCAUAUCUUUGCGGUAAGCAAAGUUGUAAUAGCCGAAAUUCUUGUGUAGCCCAUCUUCUCUAGCCUUCGUCUGAUAAUGAAGCUCGUGCACCCGGCACAAAGCUUUGACAAGCGGCUCCACUCCUUGGCUUCGAAGAGCCCAGAUAAAGACACUGAGCCUAACGAUGGCGUUAGGAGUCAGCUGAUGAAGAUAAAUUUCGAAAUCUUCCAAAACAUCCCCAAUCAUUUCAUGCAAAGGAAACCUCAAUCCUGCUUUGAAGUAACUUCUGAAAACUACCACCUCAUCAUUUUCUGGCUUCGGAGUGGUUUCUUCCCUACCAAAACGAAUCAGCUUCUUCUCGGCUUCCCCGAAGUAGCCUAGCUUUAACAUCAUGGGCAUAUCAGCCUCAGAGACAGUAGACUUUCCAAAGUCCAAGUGGCUGGGUUUGGAUGGCAUGACGGUGUUAUAAUCUAUCUCUUCUUCAUCAGCAUUACCCUCUUCAAUGUCAGCCUGUUCAGCUUCGGUAGCAGGUGCACCUUCCUCAGAAGCACCCUCUGUCACAACCAGUCCCGAUUGCCUCAUUACUUCGGACAAGGGGCAGUCUCAGCAGCUUCGGCCUCCUCUCUGUUGCGUGUAAUUCUAGCUGUUGAACGCACUCUAGCCAUUUGAUACUAAAUUUCUCACGGUUUUAACGAAGUUGAUGACUUUUUGCAGUUUUGCCGAAGCUCCCUCUUAUGACGAAGCUAAAACAAGACGAUGCUUUGAUUGAGAAUACGAUGAAUAAGCUUCGGCUAUGGUCAAAUUUUUUAGCAGCACAACAGUGCAAUAGUAAUAAAUGUUGUGGUAACUUCACACCUACCCAUCUAUUUAUAUAGUGCUGCAGGUGGGAAGGUGAAUCGUCAAGCCGCUCGCACACGCUGAACAGUCGCCCGCACCCACUGAACGGUGGACCACAAUGCACGAGAAGGUGAAUCACCAGAUCGCUCGUACCCGCCGUAUGGUGGGACCACCUCGCACUUGGAAUAUCCAAUCGUUUCUCGACAAUGAGCUCACGGAAGGUGUUUUUCGGACCUUCGGCGUUCUGAAGCCUAAGAGAAUUUUUCACGGGUCGAGCUCAUCACGAAAAACGAUCUGGUACCGUGAAGGGGCUACUGUUGGGGGUUUGCUUCGUCGCCGAAGGUCCUAUAAGAAGAAACACCUUCGGAAGAUCAACACAGAAGCAAAGCCAAAGCUACCAUCCAGGGAGCUUCGGCAUAAUGACACGCCUUGAGACGAAGGGUGGCACCGACUUAAAGAUGAAAAGACCGAUUAGCCCAUGUUAAUCUGUGUCAUGAUUGUAAUCAGUUAUAAAGGACAUGAAUGUAAAUCCACACAGGUUGCGUCUUGUGCCUAUAAAUAGAUGAACAGUACCUCGUACUGUUCACGCUGACUUGUAUUCACUCGCACGUCACCUGGAUUUUCACCUUCUAUCAAGCCGAAGGUACAAAUGUAAUUCGAUAUUGUUCAUAUUUGUUCAUGAUAAUAUAAUAAAACUAUCUUAAUGAUGUCAUAUGAUUAUUCAUGUUAUUUUCCAUGUUUCAUAUGCUUCUACUUUCAUUAUUAUAAUAAUGAGAUGAUGAAGGUACGUCCUUCAUAACCUUCGUCUGAAGAUCAUUAUAUCCUAAGGGAGAUAAUGCUUCGAAGGACGAAGGUCUUUAACCAUUAAUACUUUGUGUUGCCUUGUUCUUAUCUCAUAGCAUGUUGAGAAAAAGUCCCCAACAGCUGAUACCAGACGAUGGGUCCUAUGGGUGUGCUACUUACACUUCCUAGCCGAAGCUAUGUACAGGUCCAGGUCCCAGUCGAGGCUACCUCGUGGGGGCCGUUGCCAACUCUUUCUUAGGUAUACUGGUAUCCAGCCUCGACACGUAGAGCCUACAUCCCAAGGGGCCAAGUACCAGGGAGGAGUUGGUAACGCCACACACAACAAGGACAAAUAGUAUACAGAUAAGUGCUAAUACUGAAUAGUACUCAAAAGUAUCUUACAAAGACCAAAAAAUAUUACAAAGCUGCUUCCCAGCGAGACCCUUGCCUUCUCUCUGCAGAUCUAGCUACUCAUCAUCAGCAGGAUCCCGCUGGAAACGUUCGGCCACCAGUUCCACGACAUCUUGUACGGCCUCCCGGGGUGGCAUCUUCAGUGUCGGCCAUCGAACCAGCGAUCACCGGCUCCAAGGAGAUGGUCAUGUCGUGGCUCUGGAAGCACGUCAAGAUGUACUCGAUUACCGCCCGGCAGAGCCUGCCGCUCUCGGCCUCCAAGCGGACGCCAAGGAUCUGGUCCAGGCGUCGGAGGCGGUCUGCGGCGGAGUCCAGCACCGGGAGUGCGUCAGAGAUGGACGUCGGCAGCUCCGACACCGGGAUGGGACUCACCCCUAGCGGCACCAGUGUCGUGCUUGCCUCGCCAGCCCAUGCGGCGAUGCGCUGGACCCUGGCGCAAUGCUCCGCCUGGAGAUCUUCAAGUGUUUUCUUCAUCGCCUCCACCGCCUGGGGCUCGGUGCUACCUGUACCGCCUGCGCCGCCUGGAACCGGCGGACCCGCUCCUCCAACGUCCGCUCCUUCUCCUCCGCCUCGAGCUCAUGCUCGGCCAGCAACUUCUCCCGCCUUUCAAGCAUUUCCUCCUUGAAGGCGAGAUCCUUCUCCCGCCUGGCGAGGUCUGUCUCCCGCCUGUCCAAGGAUUCUCCUUUCGCUUUAAGCUUCUCCUCGGCGAGGGCACUGUCGCGGGCCUUGCCAUCAAGCUCUCGCUGCAGCUUUUGCAGGCUCUCCAUAGCAACGAUCUGCUGGACCCGCUGCUCCUCCAGGAUUUCGUUGAAGGCACUUAGCUUGGCCUGGAGCUCUAUGACGACUUCCUCCCUCUGGUUCAAGGCCUCCUCCUUCUUGGCCAGCCUCUUCUCCUUCCGACCCACCUCCAGCUCCCGGGCGUACACCUUCUAGAGGUCCUUCUUGUAGUCCUUGCGGUCCCGCUCAAGCUCGGACCGCUCGGAGGCGAACUGGCGGGACGCCGCCUUGGUGCGCUCCUCUAGCUGGGUACGCCAGUCGCUGAGGCGCUGGUGUUGGGGACUUGUUCUCAAAUGCUAUGAGUCAAGAACAAGGCAACACAAAGCAUUAAAUGUUAACAUCCUUCAUCCUUCGAAGCAUUAUUUCCCUUAGGAUAUAACGAUCUUCGGACGAAGGUCAUGAAGGACGUACCUUCAUCACCAUGGUAUAAGAAAAUGAAAGGCGAAACAUAUGAAAUAUAUAAAAUGUGAAAGAUGACACGAAUAAGCAUAUAAUAUCAUUCACACGUCUUCAUUAUAUGAAAUUGAAUACUUAGAUACAGUAUCUAAUUACAUUUAUACCUUCGGCUCAACAGAAAGCAAGAAUCCAAGCAUUACGCACAAGCGAAUGCAGGAUCGUGUGAACAGUACAGGGGUACUGUUCACCUAUUUAUAGGCACAGGACACAGCCUGUGAGAAAUUACAUUCAUGUCCUUUACAAAGGUUUACAAUCAUAAUACAAGUUAUCACGGGCCGAUUGGUCAUUUCGUCUUUAAGUCGGUGCAUUUGGAAAUGUACUCCGAAGCACUUUGAUUGAUAGCUUCGGCUUUGUGCCAGUCUUCCGAAGGUGUUUCUUCUUAUGGGACCUUCGGCGACGAAGCAGACCCCCAACAAUAGCCCCUUCACGGUGCUAGAUCAUUUUUCGUAACGAGCUCGACCCGUGAAAAACUCUCUCAGGCUUCGGAAUGCCGAAGGUCCGAAAAACACCUUCCCUUAUCUCGUUGCCGAGAAACGAUUUAAAUAUUCCGAGUGAAGGGUGGUCCCACCAUUCAACGGGUACACGCGAUCUGGUGAUUCAGCUUCUUGGGCGCUAUGGUCCACCGUUCAGCGAGUGCGGGUGACUAUUCAGCGGGUGCGAGCGACUGUUCAGCGGGUGCGAGCGACUUGACGAUUCACCUUCCUACCUGCAGCACUAUAUAAACAGACGGGUAGUUGUGAAGUUACCACAGCAUUUACUGCUAUUGCACUGUUGUGCUGCCAAAAAAUUUGACCACCGCCGAAGCUUGUUCAUCGUAUUCCCAAUCAAAGGAUCACUUUGCUCUAGCUUCAUGAUAAGAGGGAGCUUCGUCAAAAAAUAAUCAACUUCGUCAAAAUGCAAGAAAUUCAACAUCAAAUGGCCAGGGUGCGCUCAACAGCUAAGAUUACACACGACAGAGAGGAAACCGAAGCUACUAAAACCACUUCGAUCUCCGAAGUUGAGGCGGUCGGGACUAGUUGUGAUGGAGGGCGCUCCUGACGAAGGCACCCCUGCUACUGAAGCCGAGCAGGCAGAUAUUGAAGAGGGCGAUACUGGUGAAGAGAUUGACUAUAACACUGCUAUGCCAUCAAAGCCCAGCCAUUUGGAUUUUGGGAAGUCAACUGUGUCUGAAGCUGAUAUGGCUAUGAUGACGAAGUUAGGCUACUUCAGAGAAGCCGAUAAGGGGUUGAUUCAUUUAGGCGGGGAAGAGACUAUCCCGAAGCCAGAAAAUGAUGAAGUGGUGGUUUUUAAGAGCUUCUUCAAAGCAGGGUUGAGAUUUCCUCUGCACAGGAUGAUUGCGGAUGUCUUGGAAAAUUUUGAGAUUUACCUUCAUCAACUGACCCCUAACGCCAUUGUUAGGCUCAGCGUGUAUAUCUGGGCUCUCCGAAGUCAAGGGUUGGAGCCGCUCGCCGAAGCCUUCUGCCGAGUACAUGAACUUCAUUAUCAGAUGAAGGCUAGGGAAGACGGAUUGCAUGAGAACUUCGGUUGCUAUAAUUUUGCUUAUCGCAAGAAGACACCAGUGGUCAGCUAUCGCUCUAAAUGGCCGACCGGUUGGGAAUCUGAAUGGUUUUAUGUUAAGAUUGAUGAGAAAAAGGAGAAGCUAGUACAGAGCCCGCUGGAGUUAACCUUCGGGCUGACUAGGCCUCAGUGCAACAUGACGCCGGGGGCACCAUGCCCAGAUGUUGUGUAUGAGUUUAGAGUUGUAUCUGAACACAUUGGAACUAGAGAUUUAGUUCAAGAUUACUUGGCCAACCGAGUAUUUCCAACGCUAAGGGAAUGGGGUAUGCCGAAGCUUGAAAAAGAGAAGAAGAAGAAGAAUGAACUUGUUCGGCUACCCUAUCAUUUCAAGUUCAAAAAACACUUCAAAGAACCCUGCCAAGAAUGGUUGGAUACAAUUGAGGUUAUGUGCAACGAGAUUUUGGGCAAUUAUACGAGAAAAGAAGAUCAGUUGAUGACUGCAGCCUUCGGCGCCCGACCGAAGCGAAGAUUGGAUCGGGUAAUGGAUGCCCUGAAUUAUGAAUAUCCAGACUAUGAGCGAUUGAACAAGGGCGUCGAAGGGCAAAAAAGAAAAAUAAUUGUUAGUGUUGUGGGCAGACAAGCUGCUAGAAUGGUGAAAGAAGACGAAGAAAUCCUAAAGAAAAGAAAAUUGAGCCCUGAGCCGAAGGCAGUUGCUCCGAAGAGGAGAAAAGCUUCGGCUCUAAAGCAGAAGGCAACUGAUAUGGAAGAAGAGACUCCUUCAACACCUUCUGCUGCCGACGUGGAAGAAAUUCUAAAGGUAAUGACUGCAUCCUUGCCUAUCAAGCUAAGUCCACUAGGGCCACAUCUGCCGAAGCUUUUACAGAAGAAGAAGGAGCCCUCGGCAGCGAAGAAGUCUGUUGGGCCGAAAAAACGAAGGAUUAUUACUGUGACAGAAGCUAUUGAAGAGACACCACCACCACCUUCGGCAUCAAAGGCACCAGAUGUAGAGAGCGCUACAGCUACCGAAGCUGCACCUUCUGAAGCCACGAUUACCGAAGCUGCAACGGCCAAGGAUGCAAACUUAGAAAGCACAUUCCCUGAUAUAGAUAAAAUACUUCUGGAUAUGGCCGCAGAAGAAGCUGCUGCAGCCACUGAAGAGACCAUGGCCACAGUGCCUGGGAAAGAGAAGGAUAUAGCCAAAGAUACUUCAGAAGAAGAAAACUUCAAUUUUCAAAACUUAAUUGGACAAGAAUUGUCAAUGGCUGAGAAAGAAGAAUUAAGAGACUAUGCCAUAUCCUGCGGGUAUCAGUCAGAGGCAAUGCUCUUCGGCGGUAUUGACGAUGAAAGCUUAGGUUGUCUUCGAUACCGGACUGCAGCGAAGGUCGUCGGUACUCUGUCGAAGAGUAUUGGUUUCCCGAAGCUUGAGACCGAUAUCAGCCGCUACCGACGACAGCAUAUCGUCGGUAGUUUAUUCUAUUCUAACUUCAAGGUAAAAACUUUUCUUCGACUUUUCAUUGUUUUUAACGACGAAGGUGUUUGCUGACGAAGCUUGCUUCUACUCAGAGUAUGCUAUUAAGCAAAGCUUUGAGGAUGCAACAGGACCUUAAAGACAAAAAACAUGAGAUCAUAAUUGAAGGUUUAGAAAGCAAAAUAAAAGAUCAAGCAGCUGUUCUUGAAAAGAAAGAUUUCGAACUUCAGACAAUGGAAGGUUUACUGGCAAAAGCUGAAGCCAAAAUUGCAAAGUUAGAUAAGGAGCUUCUCUCAAAAUCAGAAAGCUUUGAACAAGAAAAACAUAGAUUUGAUAUGAAGUUUGAGGCUGAGGUCAAAAAAAGUUCAAAUUUGCAAAAAUCAUUGAAAGAACUUCAAGAUAAAUGUCUAGAGUUCAGCAACCGAUGCGUGCAGCGGUUAAGGCAGAUCUUCAACUCGGUUGGAGCCAGCUCUGAGAAAUUCAUUCCUUCGAUUGAGGACUUGCCAGGGACCUUCAAACACAUUAAGGGCGAAGUUGAUGCUCCUGAUGAAGUUAUAGCCGGACACGGUGAUUUCUGUGCCCUGCUAGCUUCUCGAGGCACGGCUGUUGCCUUCAUGAAAUCUGGUUGCACGCAUGGAAAGAUUGUUAAUAGACCAAACUUCAGCUUAUCACUAGCAGAUCUGAUUUAUAUCCCCAGCCUAGCUUGAAGCAUAGGAAACAGAUUUAUAAAGCAAAUAUGGGCAAAGGGUGGGCGAAGCCUAGCUGGUGACGAAGCUCGAAGUCACCUCAAGCCGGAUGACGAAGCCGAAGAACACAGAGUCGAAGCUUAGCAGACAAUUCGAAGCUCAACAGAUGGUGAUGAAGCUCGAAUACCUAGCUGUGGAAGAAUUCUAAGAAAACUCUUGUAUUAACCUUUAUAAAGAGUAUUGUAACUUAAGAAUCAGAUUCUACUCUGUAAAUUUGUCCAUACCUUGUAAUAUAUUUUUAUUUCCAUUUUA